GCAACAACAAAACCAUGAAUAAACCAAAGAAGAUUAUGAUGGAUGAUGAGGAUCCUUACAACAUUGGAGGCUAUAGCAGCUCGGAUGAUGACAGAAACGAGAGCUCUGAUGAUGAGCUUGCUGUGGAAGGAUUGAAACGUCAAAAGCAAGAAGCAGAGUCUAGCAGUGAGGAUGAGUUUGAGAAAGAAAUGGACAUGGAACUAGAAAGUGUAAUGAGAACCUAUGAAAACAGUCAGGAACGUUCAGGUGAUCAACCCACACAAAAAGUAACUGUCCAUGAAUCAGACAAAAAAGUGAAUGUCACAAGUGCAAGUAGCAACAAUACAACCAGUAGUAACACUGUGGAUGACAAAAAUGGCCUGUACGCAGAAGAAUACUUUAGUUCAGGGUCUGAUGAUGAACACCUAGUUGGUGGUCAAGGUUCAAAGUCGAAAGAAAGAAGAAAAGUGUUAACAAAUGAUGAACUGUUUUAUGACCCGGACAUGGAUGAUGAAGAUGAACAGUGGGUUAUUAAACAGAGACAGGACCACAGAAAGAAAGCACAACAGAAAACGAACACUCCAAAUUUAACAGGUUCAGCAACCAAUCAAGAAGAUUCAGGAAAUAAAAAGAAAGCAAAAAAGUCCAAACAGAAUGUGGAGAAAGUCCCUUCAAGUGAUGCUAUUUUGUCUUGCCCAGCUUGCAUGGCAACAUUAUGCAUUGACUGUCAAAGACAUGAACUUUACAAGAAUCAAUACAGAGCCAUGUUUGUCAUGAACUGCAAAGUCGUAGAAGAUGAAGUAUUGAGAUAUGAACCAUCUCAACAGCAUAACUCGGGGAAAAAGAGAAAGAAAGCACAGAAGGGAAAACUAGUGCAACACACAAAGGAGGAGGACAAUUUAACUUCUGGUGGCAAUGCUGCAUCAGAACGUUAUCAUCCAGUCUCUUGUGUAGAAUGUAAUUCAGAGGUUGCUGUGUAUGAUAGUGAUGAGGUUUACCAUUUUUUCAAUGUCCUUGCAAGCUAUGCUUGAGGAUAACUAAUAUUUAUUAUUGUGUAGUUAUUUUUGAUAAAGUUAUUUCAGAGUAGACUUUGGAGAAAUAUAAAUUAAACUUAACUAAUAGUGGAGUGGCAAGAGUGGUUUCCCUUCCUUGGUGAAAAGAAAGAAUUAUUAGUAAUAUAAUGUUGCCCCUGUGCAGUCCAUACUGAGAGACAACAGAGCCCUAAGUUGAGGCCCCAGAUAUAACAGCAUUGGAGAGACUGAAAGAAAAAGUGAUUGUGAUGGGGUGAAAGAAAGGGUGAUUGUGAUGGGUGAAUAAAGUCAUUUAUUUUACAA